UUAUUUGCAAAAUUUAAACAAAAUCGAAACGUGACAUUUUUCCGAAGUUUCGCCCAUGUUUGGCAUCGACAGAAGCAUACUACAGUUUGCAGAAAUUGUUCACCAGAUUUCGCUAACAUUGUAAUUGUAACACGUGACAAUAAUUGCACAAUCGGCGGUUAUAUCAGCUGUAGGCACUAGUUAUAUCAUGUAGGAAACUCGGAUACGUUUGGUUUUAAAUAUCUAACUCAAACUAACCUAUUUCGCUAAAUAUAAGGGAGGUACAAUGUUGCGCUACAUAGUAUCUUCCCUUACAAAAUUUUGUUGAAUGUCAUCCAAUAUUAAGGAUUAAUAUAUGAAAAAGGUACGAAUUCCAAUGUUUACGAAGGAGUCAUACUUUAAAACAGACACUUGAUUUCUAUUUCGAGUAUAUACGUAAUGUGUUAAUCAUUUAUUUAUAUCACAACUGAGCUGCAUUUCUAACUGGCCGGCUACUGUGUACAAAUCUGCAUUGUUAAUCAUUUCAUCAUGUAAGAUGUUAGAUUAAACUGAAAUUGUUAGUUGAAGCAAGUUGAUUGUUACAUCAUGGAUGAGAUCUGGUUCCAUCUAUCAAAUCAGUUUGAAGCACUUCAGAUUCAGUCGUCAUUAGUUGUACAGCAAGGACAACAAUGGAUCACAGCAUGGCUGGCACAAGUACAUCAGUUUUUUUACCAGCUCAGCAACAAGCAAAACAUGCAAAAUGUAACAGAUAUUAUACAACAUAUAUUUACAUGGCUUGAAAAGGCCUGGAGACGGCUGCAAUUUCAGUAUUACAAUGUACAUUUUAGUGUCACAGAAUUUUACAGACAAAUAGAAUAUCUAUGUUACAAUGAAGUGUCAAGAAGAGAACUUGCAUUUUGUCUAGCAGGUAUUAUUGUGGGUGCCUUAAUAGGGUACUAUUAUGGAAUUACCUGGGGAUAUGUAUCUCAUCAUAUGCACAAUAUUAAAGCAAUAAUAUGUCAUCAUUAUAUUGGGAUUGAGGGAGUGUGUAUGAUAGAUGAUGCAGAAAUGCCUAUGAUUCAAAGAUCCAAUGAAUUACUGAUACAAGUGAAAGCAGCCUCAGUUAAUGUUGUUGAUACAAAAAUUUGUUAUGGUUACUCUAAAAUUUAUAGGAAACUGCUUAAUUCUGGAAAACACAAGGAUCUUCCAGUAGUAUUAGGCAGAGAUUGUGCAGGAGUAGUAAUAGGCAUAGGUCAAAGUGUUAUUAAUUUUGACAUUGGUGAUGAAGUAUUCUUAGCUGUACCUUCGUGGGCUCCAGGUACAAUGGCAGAAUACAUAGUCAUACCUGAAACUCAAGUAGUUAAACGGCCGAAACGUUUUACUUUUGAAACGUCCGCAAGCCUUCCUUAUAAUGGAUGCAUAGCUUGGGAUGCACUAGUUAAUCGAUCUACAAUUCAAGAAGGCAAUGCGAAAGGAAAACGAGUACUUAUAUACGGCGGAAAUACUCCCGUUGGUUGUAUUAUAACACAACUAGUUAAGUUAUGGGGAGGAUAUGUAAUUACAAUAUGUAGACCAAACGCAAUUCCUGUAUCAAAAGCUUUAGGAGCGGAUGAAGUUAUAUCAUUAAAUGGUUCAGACAUUAAAAAGGAGCUAGAUCUAUAUGAUAAAUAUGAUGCUAUUUUUUAUACUGGAGGUCAACCAAUCGACGAAUAUAUACUAAAACAACAAUUGUUACCUCAUGGUUCUUAUGUAUCUACAGUUCCAGAACAGUUGACUUCUGAUUCAUUAGGUUUUAUAUUUGGAAGUAUAUUUGCUGGAUGUGUACGAAUAAAAUUAUUAGUACAGUAUAUGUUUGGAUUUAAUAUACACCAAUGGAAAGAAGGUUCAAAAAUUAAGACAUCAUAUCUUCAAGCAUUAUGUGAUUUAGCUGAUGCUGAUCAAUUGCAAACAGUUGUAGAUAAAGUAUACGGGCCUCAUUACAUUGAACAAGCAUUACAUCAUAUAUUAGAUCCAAAUGCUAUUGGUAGUACUAUAAUAACAUUUCAGUGACAAUUUGUAAUUUUGUACGUAGAAGAUCUGUUUUCAAUCACAUGAAUAUACACACUGUAAAUAAUGUCAAUGCUGCCAUAAAUCAACGAAUAUUAAAUUAAAUUUAAUAAUCUCGCGCCUCAGAAAAAAAUGAUUAAUACGUUUGGUGCUAAAAUCAAGACUGAUUAAAUGUUGUAAUAAAAUUUGUAAGUACAUAUAAUUGCACAGUUUGUAUUAUUCAACAUUAUCUAUUUAUAUAGAUGAUUCAAAGCAACUGCAAACUAAAAAAUGUACUAUAAAACAACAGACAACUACUAGGUGGUAUGUUUGUACACAUACAAAAGGAAAAAUGUUAUUAAAAUGUAUAUGAUCUAUUUUAUCAAAUAAAAGUACAAACGUUUAAAUUCGA